UCGCCGUCUCGACUCGCUCUAGGUUUUCCCUCGGUGCACCGCAACAGCGCAGCGUCGAGGAAGCGACCGCCGCCGGCCAAGCCAACCCGCGCGCGCCGCAGCGAAGGAAGCCGCCCAGCCACCGCGCCAGCCUCGCGGCGACGACUACGGGCACGAGGACUAACGGAUGGGGCGGAAGGGGCGGAAGGGGAAGGACGCGGCUGCCGCGGGCGGCGGCGGCGUGAGGGAGGCGACGCUGGUGCGCGUCUCCAAGGUGCUCGAGGACUUCCGCGCCUCCGACGCCGAGGUGUACACAUUUGAACCUGAUAUAUCCAGACUAGAGCGAGGUGCAAUCCAUCAGAUGUGUAGAAAAAUGGGCAUGACAUCCAAAAGUUCUGGGUUUGGUGAACAGCGACGCCUCUCUGUUUAUAAAAGUAAACGGAAGCAGGGGCCUGCUAUGGAAGAAGGACCUAGCCACCUUAGGUUUUCUGAAGAGGCGAUACAUGUUUUGCAGGAUUUAUUUACGCAUUAUCCUCCUGAUGAUGCUGAUUUACAUGGGGAUGCCAACCGGAAUUCUAGUGGUAAGGCAGCAAACACCAAAUGGAAAACAGACAGUGCCUUUUGCAGGCCAGCAAUGAGCAAACCUGAUAUAACGAAGAAAGUUGAGAUGCUUGCCUCUAAAAUAAAUGGAUCCACACAGUUGAGGAAGAUCAUGGAAGACAGAUCAAAGCUUCCUAUUUCAUCCUUCAAGGAUGCCAUCACUUCAACUUUGGAAAAUCACCAGGUGGUUCUUAUUUCUGGAGAAACAGGCUGCGGUAAAACCACCCAGGUUCCACAAUACAUCUUGGAUCAUAUGUGGGGCAAAGGAGAAUCAUGUAAGAUCAUAUGCACUCAACCACGUCGGAUUUCAGCUAUCUCAGUUGCCGAGCGAAUCUCUGCUGAAAGAGGAGAAGCUGUUGGUGAUACAGUUGGAUAUAAGAUACGUUUGGAGUCAAAAGGAGGGAAGAAUUCAUCAGUCAUGUUCUGCACAAAUGGCGUUCUUUUGAGAGUACUGAUAGGAAGAGGAACUAACACCUCAAAGACACGAAAUCCGAAGCGGUCAUUAGAUGAUGCAAUUUUGGGAAUAUCACACAUCAUCGUGGAUGAAAUCCAUGAAAGGGAUAGGUUUUCUGAUUUCAUGCUGACUAUUCUAAGAGAUUUGUUGCCAGUGUAUCCUCAUCUUCGUUUGGUACUCAUGAGUGCAACAAUCGAUGCUGAGCGGUUUUCACAAUACUUCAACGGAUGUUCAGUCAUUCAAGUCCCUGGGUUUACCUAUCCUGUCAAAACUUACUAUUUGGAGGAUGUGCUUUCUAUUCUGCAAUCUGUGGGUGAUAAUCAUCUUAAUACUACAACCAGUGACAAAAAGCAGAGCAGCGUUUUAACUGACGAUUUCAAAAGCUCAAUGGAUGAUUCAAUUAACCUGGCUUUACUCAAUGAUGAAUUUGAUCCUCUCCUUGAGCUUAUUUCUGCAGAGCAGAACCCAGAAAUCUACAACUAUCAGCAUUCAGAGACUGGUGUAACACCUUUAAUGGUUUUUGCUGCUAAGGGUCAGCUUGGGGAUGUUUGUAUGCUUUUAUCUUUUGGUGUUGAUUGUUCAGCACAGGAUCAUGAUGGAAAAUCUGCAUUAGAUUGGGCACAGCAAGAAAAACAGCAAGAGGUUUAUGAAGUAAUCAAGAAACAUAUGGAGUGCAGUACAGCAAAAUCAACUGAAGAUAAUGAGCUGCUUAAUAAGUACUUGGCAACUAUUAACCCAGAGCACAUUGAUACUGUGCUAAUAGAACGGUUGCUUGGAAAAAUUUGUGUGGAUUCCAAUGAAGGAGCUAUCUUGGUAUUUCUUCCUGGGUGGGAAGAUAUCAAUCAAACUCGGGAAAGGUUACUUGCUUCUCCAUUCUUACGGGAUUCAUCAAGAUUUCUUGUAUUGUCACUUCAUUCCAUGAUUCCGUCUUUAGAACAGAAAAAGGUCUUCAAACGUCCACCUGCAGGGGUUCGUAAAAUUAUUCUCUCAACCAACAUUGCAGAGACUGCUGUGACAAUUGAUGAUGUUGUGUUUGUCAUAGAUAGUGGGAGAAUGAAAGAGAAAAGCUAUGAUCCAUACAAUAAUGUGUCCACACUUCAUGCUUCCUGGGUUUCAAAAGCCAAUGCAAGACAACGUGAAGGGCGUGCUGGUCGUUGUCAGGCAGGAAUUUGCUAUCAUCUUUACUCAAGGUUUAGAGCAUCAUCAUUACCAGACUACCAAAUUCCUGAAAUAAAAAGAAUGCCCAUCGAGGAACUUUGUUUGCAGGUCAAACUGCUUGAUCCAAACUGCAGAAUAGCAGACUUUCUGAAGAAAACAUUGGACCCUCCAGUUCCAGAAACUGUAAGAAAUGCCAUUACUGUACUUCAGGAUCUUGGUGCUUUAACACAAGAUGAACAACUAACCGAGUUAGGAGAAAAGCUGGGUUCCCUGCCGGUCCAUCCAUCCACAACCAAGAUGCUCCUGUUUGCUAUAUUAAUGAACUGCCUGGAUCCAGCAUUGACAUUGGCAUGUGCAGCGGAUUAUAGAGAUCCAUUCCUCCUUCCAAUGGCCCCAGAUGAGAGGAAAAGAGCAGCUGCAGCGAAAGUUGAGCUUGCUUCGUUGUAUGGUGGGUUCAGUGACCAGCUUGCUGUUGUGGCGGCAUUCGACUGCUGGAGGCGUGCCAAAGAUAGAGGCCAAGAAUCUCAAUUUUGUACAAAGUACUUUGUCUCUUCAAACAUCAUGUAUAUGCUAUCAAACAUGAGGAAACAGCUUCAGAAUGAACUGUCUCAAAGAGGGUUCGUUCCUGCAGAUACAUCUGCCUGCAGCCUAAACUCAAAAGAUCCAGGUAUCAUGCGUGCUGUUCUUAUGGCCGGUGCCUACCCAAUGGUAGGGAGGUUGCUCCCUCCUCGCAAAAAUGCUAGAAAAGCAGUUGUGGAAACAGCAAGUGGUGCCAAAGUUCGUCUACAUCCACAUUCGUGCAAUUUUAACCUAUCAUUUAGUAAAUCUUCUGGGAAUCCACUGCUGAUAUACGAUGAGAUCACUCGAGGUGAUGGUGGAAUGUAUAUAAAAAAUUGCUCAGUUGUUGGGUCACAUCCUUUGCUUCUGCUCGCUACAGAAAUGGUUGUUGCUCCACCUGAUGAUGAUAGUGAUGAAGAGGAAGAUUCCAGCGAGGAUGAAGCUGAGAAAAGCACUUUGGUACAGCACAAAGAAGAGAUUAUGUCUUCUCCUGAUAACACUGUUUCAGUAGUUGUUGAUCGGUGGCUCCGAUUUGAUGCUACGGCUCUGGAUGUUGCUCAAAUUUACUGCUUAAGAGAACGUCUAGCAUCAGCUAUUCUUUUCAAAGUCAAAUAUCCUCAAGAUGUUCUCCCACAAGCCCUUGGAGCGUCGAUGUAUGCCAUCGCAUGCAUCCUCUCAUACGAUGGCUUGCCUGCUAUGGUUCCAUCCAAUGAUCUUCCAGCAAACCGAGGUUCAGGCCAGAAUUCAGCGGAAGCUAGCAGCUUCUCCCAGGGAAGAAGAGCUGGUUAUAUUCCACCUGGUGGUUUCCUCGUGUCCUUGUUGGCUGAUAAGCCACAUCAGCCACCAAAUUUUCAGAACUCAUAUAACCAUCCAGGUGGUGCUUCAGUACAUACUGGGCCAUCUAGGGCUCCCACUGGUAGGUUUGACCAAUCCCAGCGUUCUUUCCGCAAUUCUGGACCUGGGAGUUCAACGCGACGGUCUUUCAAAAGGCAGCGCGACGCAGCACGGUGAUCAGGGCUUGAAGGUAGUAUUUUUGCUUGCCCUUCGGUUGAGCUGUGUGUACUACGUCUGAGCAAGGAUGAAGAACAAGUUUAGUUAGAAAGUCACAAGAUUUACUGUGUUGUUGGUUGAAAGUGAAGGGAAAGAAUUAUAGAGCAGAAGCUCAUUCCCACCUUGAUCGCAAAUCUGCGGUUUUGCGGGUAUGCCCUUCAGUGUACGUUGUUACUCUUCUGGUCUGCCGGUCUCCUUUGCAGCAGCAUCACAGACCUCAGUUCAGAUGCUCAAAUGCUGACCCCAGAAUGGUCGAGAUCGGAUUAGCUUUGAUCACAGGUAGGCUCUGUGCCCUACACAGCAGGGAAAUGUGCCCUGCAUCUCACGUGUCUAAUCCUGUGCAUGCAUGUACUUGUCUUCCAGAAUCCAGAUAGCGAGGGGGUGUUUGGAUCC